AUGAAAACGAGAUCCUCGUCCAAAGUAGAGUACCUCGCUACUCUCGCGCCCAAGUCCCUAUCCACGUCUCUUCCAGAUCCAAACCUGGAACGUAUUCCACCCUACCGGAGAAAAAUCGAUGUACGACGCCAGCUUCACCGGCUGGUGGCAGUGGGUGGUCGACAUCGUUCGGUGCUGGCUGCCAUAGGCCUCUUUGGUCAUCCUCUGGUCGAUCGCGGAGAUUGUUGGUCCGCCAGCAGCUUUCAAUCCUCCUAUCAGGCUAUCAAUGCCACCAUCCCGAUCGUGAUCCAAACCUGGAACGUAUUCAACCCCGCCAGGGAAAUCUUGUACGACGCCAGCUUUACCGGCUGGUGGCAGUGGGUGGUCGACUACCUACCUGGACAUGCAUCGCAACAGCUAUCCAUCGCCGAAGGCAAGAACGUGUCUCUAGCGGAGACUGCAACCUACAUCCAGAACAAGCUCGCCGUCAGCAUCUGCAGCACCGCCCAGCAGUACUGCGUCGGACCGGCACUCCGGCAGUACCAGAACACCACCCAGUGCUACGCCUACCUCACGCAACAGACGCGCUUCGGAGAAGCGUACGAGCUCUCGUUUGGGUCGCACCAGACUGAGCUCGCAAAGCAGCUAUCUCUGGCCGCUUCUCUCCGAUCGGCAGCCUCAAAGAUGGAGGGUGAUAGUGUAUCACCGUUGGAUAGGAGACAGCGAGAGAUGGCGCAAAACCUGCGGCUACAAGACACAGGCCUUGAGGGUGAGUACGAUGUUAUGGCUCCUUCCUCGAUGAUGGCCCAGAACGAUUGA